AUGGCAUUCACACGAAGCGGACGCUUUGUGGACGAUUAUAUCUCAAAACUACAACAAGAUAAUUGGAAUCCAAUAUCUGGUUACAAACAUCGAGAUGUUAAGUCAUUAGAAGAAGCUGUAAAAAGUAUCGCUCCAUUCGUCAACAAAGUCAUGCAGUAUGCAGAAGUAGCUAAAAACAAAUGUAAGAAAAAUACAAAACUAACAAUAAAUGAAUCGGCAGCAAUCUAUCUUUACACCAUGAUUACACCGUUCUAUGAGAAACUCAACGAAGCUCUUCGAGAUGAGAAUCUACCCGCACUGAUACCCUGGUUCGACUUUCUAAAACUGUUCAUUACCGCUCUAGCUAAAUUACCAUCACAUCCGGCUACCGUAUGGCGAGGUGUUGCAAACAUCAGUGGUUCUGAUUACUAUGAAACUGAUAAGUUCACUUGGUGGAGAGUAAAUUCAUGUUCGUCAGAUGCCGGCGUCGCUUCAUUCUUUACAGGCGAGAAGGGCACCCUGUUUUGCAUUAAUACUACUAAUGGCAAGGAUAUUAGUGGUUAUUCAUCAGCGAACGACAAGGAGAAAGAAAUCGUUCUUAUGCCUGGAACUCGUCUGUGCGUCAAAUCCAAAACACGUAAUGAUUCAGGUUUUGACGUAGUUCAUCUGGAAGAAUGGUAA